UCCAUCUCUCUUUCUAGCUGCCCCUACCUGGCUCGCAAACUGACCCUGGCAAUCCCCAUCAUCGCUGCCAUCCUCUUCUUCUUCGUCAUGAGCUGCCUGCUGCAAACAAGUUUCACCGACCCUGGGAUCCUGCCCCGGGCCACUGUCUGUGAAGCAGCUGCCCUGGAGAAACAGAUUGACAACACAGGCAGUUCCACAUACCGGCCGCCCCCUCGGACACGGGAGGUGAUGAUCAAUGGGCAGAUGGUGAAGCUGAAGUAUUGCUUCACCUGCAAGAUGUUUCGGCCACCCCGGACCUCACACUGCAGCGUCUGCGACAACUGUGUGGAACGGUUUGACCAUCACUGCCCCUGGGUGGGCAACUGUGUGGGGAGACGGAACUACCGCUUCUUCUAUGCGUUUAUUCUCUCCCUCUCCUUCCUGACGGCCUUCAUCUUCGCCUGCGUGGUCACUCACCUGACGCUGCGCUCUCAGAGAAGCAACUUCCUCUCCACUCUGAAGGAGACACCAGCAAGUGUGCUGGAGUUGGUGAUCUGCUUCUUCUCCAUCUGGUCCAUUCUGGGCCUCUCAGGGUUUCACACUUACCUCGUCGCCUCCAACCUGACAACUAAUGAAGAUAUCAAAGGCUCGUGGUCCAGCAAGAGGGGCGGUGAGGCCUCUGUCAACCCCUACAGCCAUAAAAGUAUUAUCACCAACUGCUGUGCUGUGCUCUGUGGCCCCCUACCUCCCAGCCUGAUUGACCGGAGGGGAUUUGUGCAGUCUGAUACCGUGUUGCCCUCGCCCAUCAGAAGCGAUGAGCCAGCCUGUGGAGCCAAGCCAGAUGCCAGCAUGGUAGGAGGCCACCCUUGAACACGGCUCAGUACUUGCCACCUGCUGGCCUGUCCACCCCUCCGUAUUCGCCUGCCGCCCUCCACACCUGCUGGGACCCUCCCCAUUCCAUCCAAGGGAAGCAGAGCUGCCAAAGACUGGUGUCUUUUCAUAUUUAUUUUCCACUCUGCGUGGCUUUUCCCAAACCGUUCCAUGGCUGUACCCCCUGCUCCCCAAACCCAGGUUCCCAGAGCCAUGGGCCCUAGGUCUCUCAGCUGAUCAGUGGCAGGAAUGACAGGAGAGCCAGAGCCUCUGGAGGCCAUCAAGGGGACCAUGCCAAGUCUCUGCCUGUGCCAGGGCGAGCCCUGUGUGAGUGAAGGUGUGAGCUGAGUGUGAAGCCUCCCAGGUGGGGCACUGCCUGGGCCUUGCUGAGCUGGGGCCUCUGGUGAGACAGGACUGUUGAGCAGCCAGCUCUGGACCUCAGGCCACAGAGAGGAUGUGCCAGUGGGCUGCUUUGGUGUGGGGGCUCCUGCAUUCUCUUUAUGAUGAUCAUUGUUCUUUCUACUAUUGGGUUUUUGGUCUUUUUGUUUUUUUGUUUGUUUGGAGUUGACCAAUAGGAUGGGUUCCACGGGGGUAGGGGGAAGCCAGCCAGGCAGCCAGAACCUUAGCUCCUGUAGAGUCCUGAGCAGCACAUAGGAAAGGGGUCCUGGCCCUUCCCCCGCCUGUGGAGGCUCUCUAAAGGAUCCCAGGCUACCCCACUAUGUCUCUCGCAAGUCAGGGCUGGGGAUAGACGGGUUAUUCUCAUGCUGGCAAUACUUGAAACGGGUUUAUUAUUGCUGGGUAUUUUGCACAAUUUUAUAGACCUCUUUUCUACAUAGUCUUUUUUAAAUGAUGUGUAGUGCAAGGUGAAGGGUUAUCGGAAGCCUAGUUCAUUUUAAUAAGUUUGUUACAAGAGACCUUCUGUCUGUGAAUGUGUGUGUAUGCGCGUGUGUUCAUGUGUGCCCUUGUAUGAGUGUGGCUGGCUCCCACAUCCGCUGGGCUGCCCCUUUUCCCUGUCCCCCUUGAUUCAGGAGCAACUUAAGCCAUGGGGCAGGGAACAUGUGUGUUGGUCACAAGAGCCCCCUGGCCUCCCAUUGGGGCUCAGACCCCAUCCUCUUUAAAGGCAGGAGCUGGGGACUCUGCCGCCACUUCCCUUGCCACCCAGCCUCCAGGUUAGGCUUCCAGCUAAGAUCUGCCCAGACAGGCUGUGGCCGGGCGUGGUGGGUGGGGUGAUGGCUUUGGGGAGCGGCUGCCAUUCAUCCCACAAGCCACACCUCCUCCCCAGAGCUCUGAGUAUGGAACCCAGUGCCAGGGACUAGAGGACAAGGUGUUUCUGCCAACUGGGGGCUUCGGUCCAGAGAAUAGGAAGGAAGAAGCAGGAUGGGCCAGAAGCUCAGAGGAUGUCCCUCCUUUGCCAGAAGCUGUAGUUUCUUAUAAAAAUAGAGAAUUACCCCCAGACUCCUUCUUGGCCCUUCAAGUGGGCCAAAGCCCUUGAAAAGUGACAUAGGAAGUCAUUAGAUCUUGUCCUUCCUUGCUCCAGAGACCGGUGGGUCACAGAGCUGGGAAGUGGCCACAGCAGAGGGCCCUUCUGGGAGAACCAGCUCCGCCCAGCCUCAGGACCCUGGGCCCUCAUGCAGUGGCCCUGUGGGGUGGGGAGGAGACUGGUUGGAAGAGGGGGCUCCCACCUGCCUUUUAUUUAAGCCAGUAUUCUUCUUUGAUUCUGCUUGUAAUAAAACUUUUGUUUUUAAGAGUUGA